AUAGUAAUUUGCAGUUUCAGAGCACAUGCACGCCUUGCUCGCUGCGUUUUGUUGCUCCGCUGUACCUGCUGGGAAUUCACCUUGUCAUUGCCUGGGGUAUCUUCCACCCGUUACAAAAUCAGAAAAGUUGUGUUCUUGAACACCAAAGAGGACUGGCUUUCUGGGGCUGAUUCCGUGACAUUGAAGUUCAAAGAAGAGACACUCUGCAGAAGUAAAACAUGACUAAAAGCAAUGGAGAAGAGGCCAGGAUGGGAGGCAGGAUGGAGAGAUUCCAGCAAGGGGUCCGUAAACGCACACUCUUGGCCAAGAAGAAAGUGCAGAACAUCACAAAGGAAGAUGUUAAAAGUUACCUGUUUCGGAAUGCUUUUGUGCUACUCACUGUCACCGCAGUCAUUGUGGGUACAAUCCUUGGAUUUACCCUCCGACCAUACAAAAUGAGCUACCGGGAAGUCAAAUACUUCUCCUUUCCCGGGGAACUUCUGAUGAGGAUGUUACAGAUGCUGGUGUUACCACUAAUCAUCUCCAGUCUUGUCACAGGAAUGGCGGCCCUAGAUAGUAAGGCGUCAGGGAAGAUGGGGAUGCGAGCUGUAGUCUAUUACAUGACUACGACCAUCAUUGCCGUGGUGAUUGGCAUAAUCAUUGUCAUCAUCAUCCAUCCUGGGAAGGGCACAAAGGAAAACAUGCACAGAGAAGGCAAAAUUGUACAAGUGACAGCUGCAGACGCCUUCCUGGACUUGAUCAGGAAUAUGUUCCCUCCAAAUCUGGUGGAAGCUUGCUUUAAACAGUUUAAAACCAACUAUGAGAAGAGAAGCUUUAAAGUGCCCAUCCAGUCCAAUGAAACACUUGUGGGUGCCGUGAUAAAUAAUGUGUCAGAGGCCAUGGAGACUCUGACGAGGAUCACAGAGGAGUUAGUCCCAGUGCCAGGGUCUGUGAAUGGGGUCAAUGCCCUGGGACUAGUUGUCUUCUCCAUGUGCUUCGGAUUUGUGAUUGGAAACAUGAAGGAGCAGGGCCAGGCCCUGAGAGAGUUCUUUGAUGCUCUUAACGAAGCCAUCAUGAGAUUGGUAGCAGUGAUAAUGUGGUACGCCCCUCUGGGCAUCCUCUUCCUGAUUGCAGGGAAAAUUGUUGAGAUGGAAGACAUGGGCGUCAUCGGUGGGCAGCUAGCCAUGUACACAGUGACGGUCAUCGUGGGCUUACUCAUCCAUGCGGUCAUAGUCCUGCCGCUCCUCUACUUCUUGGUAACACGGAAAAACCCCUGGGUUUUCAUCGGCGGGUUGCUGCAAGCGCUCAUCACGGCUCUGGGAACCUCCUCCAGCUCUGCCACCCUACCCAUCACCUUCAAGUGCCUGGAAGAGAACAAUGGCGUGGACAAACGUGUCACCAGAUUCGUGCUCCCAGUAGGGGCCACCAUUAACAUGGAUGGGACUGCCCUCUAUGAGGCUUUGGCUGCCAUUUUCAUUGCUCAAGUUAACAACUUCGACCUGAACUUUGGACAGAUUAUUACGAUCAGUAUCACAGCCACGGCUGCCAGUAUUGGGGCAGCUGGGAUUCCUCAGGCGGGCCUGGUCACCAUGGUCAUCGUGCUGACAUCUGUGGGCCUGCCCACCGACGACAUCACGCUCAUCAUCGCAGUGGACUGGUUCCUGGACCGUCUUCGUACCACCACCAACGUGCUGGGAGACUCCCUGGGAGCCGGCAUUGUUGAACACUUGUCACGACAUGAACUGAAGAACCGGGACGUCGAAAUGGGUAACUCAGUGAUUGAAGAGAAUGAAAUGAAGAAACCAUAUCAGCUGAUUGCCCAGGAAAGCGAAAUUGAGAAAUCUAUUGAUAGUGAGACCAAGAUGUAGACUAACACAAAGAAAUGCUUCCUUGAGCACCAGGUGUUUGAAAACCAUUAUACAAUGUUUCCAUCUCAUUUCAACACAUUCUCUCCAGUCAGCCCUUUACCUCCCUUUUCCUCCCUGCCCUGAUAGGAUUCAUCCAAAAACAAGGGGGGAUUUUGCAGUGGCCAAAAUGUAUAGUUUUCAUCCCAUGUUUGAAAUUUUUAAGUCAUUUCAUGUUAGUCUUAUCUAAUAAGGUACUGAGAUCAAAAAUAGUCUUGAUCAGAUCUUACAAGUUUAUGUGGCAUGCAAUCCUGUAAAUGUGAUAGUUCUUACAAAUUAAAGAGUCAAAAC